CUUUAGAGAGAUCCCAGGUUUGGCCUUGAGUUCCGUGGUAGGGUAUGUCUCGUGCGAGCCAGUGAGGAAAUCUGGGGGCCCUAGUCGGCCAGUGGAGUCUGACGACCCGAUGCUUGGUAGGGCCAGAGGGAGGAAGUCCGGUCCUUCAGGGAAAGAGCGAGCCGGCAGGUAGCUAGCUGCGGGCCAGAAGCCUAGAGUGCAGGGUCCCUAGGGGCCGGUCCGGGUCGGCGCCGCGGUCCUGCGGGCCAUGGUGCAGGCGGAGCUCUGGGCGAUCCCCAGGUGAGGGCAGCGGCUCCGCCCGGGGAGUCCACGAGGGAAGAGCCGGGUAGAUGCGGGGUGGGGAAGAAAGGAUGCUGCCUGCACUGCUCCCUGCCAGCACCCUGAGCGGCCGCAGGUGCCGCGGCAGAAAGCACAGCGCCGGCGGAGGCGGAGGCUCCAGCUGCUGCUGAAGUCGCUCAGCUGCUCUCUCUCCGUAGUAUGCGCGGUGACAAAACCGCCCCAGAGCCGGGCUCCGUGUUGCAGUCGCCUUUGAGCUCUCUUUCGUUGCUGUUCGGAGCUGACUUAGGCGAAAACAUGCCUUGCACGUGCACCUGGAGGAACUGGAGACAGUGGAUUCGACCUUUAGCUGUGGUCAUCUACCUGGUGUCUGUAGUCGUUGCGGUGCCCCUGUGUGUGUGGGAAUUACAGAAACUGGAGGUUGGAAUACAUACCAAGGCUUGGUUUAUUGCUGGAAUCUUCUUGCUGCUGACUAUACCUAUAUCGCUGUGGGUGAUACUGCAACACUUAGUGCAUUACACACAACCUGAACUACAAAAACCAAUAAUAAGGAUUCUUUGGAUGGUACCCAUAUACAGUUUAGAUAGUUGGAUAGCUUUGAAAUAUCCCAGCAUUGCAAUAUAUGUGGAUACCUGCAGAGAAUGCUAUGAAGCCUAUGUCAUUUACAACUUCAUGGGAUUCCUUACCAAUUACCUAACUAACCGAUAUCCAAAUCUGGUAUUAAUCCUUGAAGCCAAAGACCAGCAGAAGCAUUUCCCUCCUUUAUGUUGCUGUCCACCUUGGCCUAUGGGAGAAGUAUUGCUGUUUAGGUGCAAACUAGGAGUGUUGCAGUAUACAGUUGUCAGACCUUUCACUACCAUUGUUGCUUUGAUCUGUGAGCUGCUUGGUAUAUAUGAUGAAGGGAACUUUAGCUUUUCAAAUGCUUGGACUUACCUGGUUAUAAUAAACAAUAUGUCACAGUUGUUUGCCAUGUAUUGUCUCCUCCUAUUUUAUAAAGUUCUAAAGGAAGAACUGAGUCCAAUCCAACCUGUUGGCAAAUUUCUUUGUGUAAAGCUGGUGGUUUUUGUUUCAUUUUGGCAAGCGGUAGUUAUUGCUUUGUUGGUAAAAGUUGGCGUUAUUUCUGAAAAGCACACGUGGGAAUGGCAAACAGUAGAAGCUGUGGCCACUGGACUUCAGGACUUUAUCAUCUGCAUCGAGAUGUUCCUUGCUGCUAUUGCUCACCACUAUACAUUCUCAUACAAACCCUAUGUCCAAGAAGCAGAAGAGGGCUCAUGCUUUGAUUCUUUUCUUGCCAUGUGGGAUGUUUCAGAUAUCAGAGAUGACAUUUCUGAACAAGUAAGGCAUGUUGGACGGACAGUCAGGGGACAUCCUAGAAAAAAAUUUUUCCCUGAGGAUCAAGAUCAAAAUGAACAUACAAGCUUAUUGUCAUCAUCAUCACAAGAUGCAAUUUCUGUCGCCUCUUCUAUGCCACCUUCACCUGUGGGUCACUACCAAGGGUUUGGACACACUGUGACACCCCAGACUACACCUACCACAGCUAAGAUAUGUGAAGAAAUACUUGGUGACACUGCAGAAGGGAACAGAGAGCCUUCAGCUAAAUCUACGGACUCCUGAGCAGUGUGCAGAUGCAAACUGUGCCGUUGCCAUGUUAUUUCACUAGCUGGUAUCCCACGGUUCAGGACUUUGUGCUUGGGACCAGCUGUAAAUGAUGGGAAAUUUCAACACAAAGGUGAAAGCCAGGUACCACUACUGGAUUUAUAUAUGUGAGUUUUAUACAUCACAGAAAAUCAGUCUAAAUUUCCUACACUUGGACUUGACUUCUUAACUUUAGAGUAUCACAUACUCACACUGUAGAAGAUGACUACAACUGAAUGCUCCUGGCCCCACUGCUUUAUGAAGAGGGUGGACAUAACAGAGUAUCAGUGCUUCCUAUGCUGCACGAACAUAAUGCUCUGGACAGAGACCUAAUUCAGAAAUAUGAAUUAAUGGAGAGUAAUCAUAAUCAUGUGCCAUAUAACCUCACCUAGCAAAUUAUUUCUGUAUUUCUCAACUAGAUGUCUUUCAGUAAAUAAGAAUUUAUCAUUUAUCUUCUGGAACUUUUAUGUCUCUCAUUCUUUAAACGUAAAAUCUUAAUGUUUUAACAAAAACUUCAUUACAGGCAUAACAAAAAAAAGUAAAAAAAAAUUUCCACUGCAGCAAAUGUAAACCACAGCUGUGUUAUCCUGAUCGUUCUUUAAGUCAUAGUAAAGAUGUGUAUGUUACCUGAGAGAAAUUUAUUACUUAGGGUCUAAUUGCU